AUCAUUCCCCCUUACAUCUUAUCAGCACCUCGAAGUACUCUAUCGAAAGCCAUGACGUUGCUGCGAGCCUUGUUCGCACUGUGCGUCGUUGCGCUCGUCUGUCUGUCGCCUAUUCACGCCGAGUCCUCAGAGGAACGAGCGCACAAUCUUCAGCGUCUUCAGGACUUCCGUGGUCACGAAUAUUUUGUGCAGUUCGAUGUGCAUCAGUCCGAGGACGAUCCCGUGGCGUUCCCUAUCCAGGAGGACUAUUUUACCAACGCUAUCUUGGACCAUUUCGCCCCCGUGUCCAAACGCUCAACGUGGAAGCAAAGAUACCAAGUGAACGAGGAAUUUUGGGGCGGUCAUGGCUUCCCCGUGUUCCUCUACAUCGGAGGGGAGGGACCACUAGGCCCCAAGGCAAUCACCAACCGCACCUUCAUUUACUACCUGGCGGAGCAGCACCGAGCGCUGCUAUUGGCUCUGGAACACCGAUUCUACGGCAAAUCGUUCCCUACAGAGGACAUGAGUCUGCCCAAUCUUGCGUAUCUCUCCAGCGAACAGGCCUUGGCCGAUUUGGCGCAUUUCCACUCGUUUGUGACGGACAAAUAUGGUCUCACAGAAGAGAAAUGGGUCGCGUUCGGAGGGAGUUAUCCAGGCAAUCUGGCGGCGUGGGUGAAGCUGAAGUACCCUGCAUUAUUCGCUGGAACAGUAGCGAGUUCGGCACCAGUACAUGCUAAAACGGAUUUCUUUGAGUACAUGGAGGUCGUUGGGGAUGGGUUGAGGUAUUUUGGAGGCGGAGAAUGCUACCAUGAAGUGGAAAAAGCCAUUACAGAGCUCGGAGAACUCAUGGAUAGUGGGAAACAAGGUCGCAAUAAAGUAGACGAGCUGUUCAAGCCGUGUUACCCGAUGACUAAUGAGUUCGACGACUCGGUUUUCGAGACGUCGAUAAUGGGAGCAUUCCAGGAUAUCGCACAGUACAAUGCUAUCCACGAAGGAGUCAUGACGUUGAGUGAGGUCUGCAAGCACUUCGCAGAGCCCGGCGAUGCAGUGGAAAAGCUGGCUUCAUUCAUUAAUAAGACGCGUGUUGGUGACUGUCUUGACUCCAAGUUUGAGGGCGCUGCUAACGGCACUGUGGAGGUCUUGAGUCGUGAUCAAUUCGACGGUAAGAGCAGCGCUCGACAGUGGGUUUAUCAGACAUGCAAUGAAUUUGGCUAUUUCCAGACGACGACGAGUGUGCGGUCUCCGUUCCAUGCGCUUCGUGCUGUCACGGAAGCGAAUGUCGGUACGGAGAUCUGUAAGCGCGUGUACCAAAUGGACGUGGCUCCGGAUGUUGCUGGUGCUAACCGCGACUAUGGCUCGCUCGGUAUUGAAGUGGAGAGAGUGACUUUUCCGAGCGGAACUAUUGACCCGUGGCAUGCACUGGCAGUACAGAACUCGACCAAGUUGCAUUCGUACUCGGCUGAAGCUGUGUUCAUCGAAGGCACAGCUCAUUGCGCCGACAUGUACUACCCGAGCGAAAAGGAUACGCCGCAACUACAAUGGGCUCACGAUAAAAUCGCUGCCAGAGUCGAAUGGUAUCUACAAGACGUCGACUACAGUAGCAGACCAGUGGCGACGGCGCUCACCCCUGAAGAAGUCCAAGCCGUCGAGUAAGAGUUUGUCGUUGUAGAAGUCCACUUCAACUAGACUUCGUACUUAAUUCGAACAGAACUCCAUGUUCAAAACACAAUAUCGUGUGAUUACACAAAAUACAGAUCCUACACAUUCUCACGUGGCAGCA